CGCGAAGCCUUGACAAGUAGACAAAGGAACUGCUGCCGGCAUGAAAACGCAAUCGUUUUCUACACCGACAGCAUGCUGUGCUGGUGGGCUCACUCACGUUUUCUCUUAAAGAAUAUUCCAGCAUGGUAUCUGAUGCUGAUUUGUGGAAAUGGCUUGAGGUCAGGGGUUGGGUAUGGUCUGGCAAGAAGGCGGCGAAAGCACCUCAAGGUGCAAUGAGAAAAAGAUUUCAGAGGCUCGAUGCCGCUGAUCAGGCACUCAUUAUUCCUAUGAUUACAGUUCUUCGCACCCGCAUCAACGACCUUGCCACUGCUAGAGCCGCAGUACCUGUGCGGCCUCCUCCCAACGAUCCCACAAUCCUUGAGUAUCAAGCUGCCCUUCUUGCUCUUCGUGUAGCAGAGCUGGAGGCAAUCCAGGCUUGUAACCAAGUGCGAACUCAGCGCGCCCGACAUGCGACUUCAGCUUUCACAGUGCGAGGUUUGAACAAUUUCCGCGAUGAAAUUAUCCAGCGCGGGCGGGACACGCAAGCAAUAAUAGACCAAUUGGCGGCCGACCACCCUGCCGGCACUCCUCCACGAACUCCUCCUCGCGCUCCUUCAGGCGAUGCAGAUGAUCCUUCCGCCAUUCCGCCUCCGCCGACGGAUGCCUGGCUUGGCGCUUUCCGACUUGCUCCAGGUGGUCAGGCGGCGCCUGUAGUCUAUGUGAAACAAAAUAGACAUGGCCGUAUAAUCGAUCGUGUGUGCAUCAAAGACACCGAGUGGCCUGGGCCCGGCUCUUCGACUGGCGUAGAAGAAGAAUCUCUUUGGGAUCCUGAUCCCGGCUUCGCUGGUGUUCAAGAUCAGCACAGAACCCCUUCAGAGAUCGGUGCUCUGAACAGGCUGAACCUCCUGCCAAACUCCCAAAGCAUUAUCAAGCUUCGGAAUUGGGCGCGGAUUUACAGUGACCCCAACCGAGAUGUCGUUACAAAGUAUCGAACUUUCCUGGAGUGGUGUGACUAUGGCGACCUUUACGACUUAUCGAGGAAAUAUACACCUUACAAAGACAGAGGGGGCAUACCUCGCCCGCCGACUGUCGCAGAACAAGAUUGGAUACCCGAGCCAUUCAUUUGGGCCUGCGCUUUGCAGUUGGUCAAUGCUGGCAAGCUCAUGCAGAGAGGCGCAAUCAAUUCGAAUCAGCCUCCCGAAUGGUCGGAGAUCAUACAUCGUGAUCUCAAGCCUGACAACGUCUUCCUCGCCCAUAAUACGUCAGAACUAUUCAAAGGCUACCCACAAAUCAAGGUGGGCGAUUUCGGACUGGCUGCUAUCAUAUCAACCGCUCCUGCUCGGCACCUGACCGGUGCCCACUACUGUGGUAUGGGCACCCCCUUGUGCAUGGCCUGGGAACAAUUCCGUUCAAACGACGAUGGCUCGACUGGCCUUAGCUACAAAACUAACGUCUGGGGCAUUGGUAUCAUCAUAUGGGGUCUCAUGCAUUCGAGAAGAAGUGCCCCCGACUUCUAUCAAGACUCCAUGACCAAUGAGGGAUACUAUUUGCCUCGGAACCCUCGGACCGCUGACUUCUCCGAUGAGCACAAAAACCGCUACAGCGAUGAACUCAGAGGCCUAAUACUGGACUGUCUGAGACCUCAAGCCGACGAUCGUCCUACUUUUGAUGAACUGAGCGAAACGAUUGAAUUCAACACGGCACAGCCUGGUGGAUUCGGGCGGGACCUGUCGCAAGGGCUGAGAAAAGCUGCGAAAGAUGACCCGAGAUUUGUGGGGAACGUGUACUCGUUGAGAUUGUCGGAGGAACGUUACGCAAUGUACACUUUCUUGAGCAGGUCUAUGGAGAACGCUCCAGCGCCAGUGAAGGGACAGGAGGAAGUGUUGACGGGACCCAAUGUUGACCCGUUUGGCGUGGAACCAGGAGAAGGGAUGAACGAAGAUGGUACAUUUCGUGAAUAGCAGAAUCACAAGACCAAGAGGCCAAUCGCUCUCACACUCGCC